ACUGUCAGAUUGUUUUGGUUAAAGGGCUGUGGUUGUCAAAUACUACAACAAAUUUUAAAAAAUAUAUGUAUUAAAUCAACCAAUGUACAAUGACUACUAAUGAUAAUAAUUCGUACUCUCAGUAUGAUAACAAUUUUAUUGAUAAAUUGUUGGGCGAAAUGAAAAAUACGUUUAACAGAACAGAUUCUGUAAAAGCAGAAUUGAAAAAUGAAGAGUCAACUGAAUCGGUAGAAAUGAAUAGUGAAGAAACUGUGACAUCACCAAAAAAAUCAAACCCGGGAACUCCAGGUCGUCGUGCAAGCAAACCAAAAGUCGAUGAAAAACCCGAAGAAAGUACAAAAAGAUCCUCCAGGAGAAUGAAAAGUGCCACUAAAAAAUCGGUCCUGCAAAACGCCAUUGCCAGGAAAAAGUCUUACAAUGAACCCACCCGACAAAGAUUGACAAGACAACUGAAACCAACACAGAAGGUGCUGGAAAACAUUGCACAAGCAAAAGAUGUAGUAAAAAGAGUUAAAAUGAAAGACAAUGCACAAAACAACAACCACCAAGGUGAAGGCAAUUCCAAAAAAACUAGCACAACUCCCAAGAAAAAUCAAAAAGGUACUAAAACCUUGAAAAUAGAUGAUAGUGAUGAGGAUAGUCAGUCUGAUCAAAAUUGUUCAGAGGAUGAUUUUGAAGUAGAUAAUAUUAGAUCUAUAAGGAAGUCUAGAAGAUUAUCUAAUAGUCCAAUUAAGAAAGUAGUUGAAGCAACUCCAGAUCCAGCACCAAACAUUGCUGAUCAGGUUGAAGACAUUCCGGGCCAUCCUGCCACAAUAUUAAUGAGGGAAAAUCCAGAGCUAGCAUUAAGAUUAUGUCUAUGCACACAAAAGACACAUUUUUAUGUAGCUGAAGGUAAUACUGAAGAUAUUGUUUAUUGUUCUGCCGUUGACAGUAUUGAUGACAAGUUAGUAGGAUGCUCUCGAGAAGUCACUGUGGGUGUAUCAUCACUUAUAAGACCAUCAAGAAGGGUACCAUACAUGACGCUCUGUGAAUUACACAAAAAUAGAAUGAUUAGGCACAACUGUUGCCCAACAUGUGGCAUAUUUUGUACCCAGGGAAAAUUUGUACAAUGUGAAUCGAAUCAUCAGUUUCAUGAAAAAUGUCGUUUGACAGUAGGUAGUACAGAAUGUUGUCCCCAUUGCGGCACCUCAUCUCCUUCCAGAGACCUCCUACUUAAAUUCCAAUGCACAAAAAACCCCGUGUUUCUUCCUACUCAAAAAUCAAAAGGCCAGACAGCUAAAAUGGCUUUUUCUAAAGCCAAAGACCAAAUCCGUAGUUCUACCCCACUUCUGAUUCCUUUAGACUCUUUUCAAAGUCUUGAAACCCUUGCCGACGGGACAACUUUUACUGAAAACGACAUUUUGGAUGCUGUCAGCGAAGAAGACAAGGAAAAAUUGAUGUCGAUUAUAGCUUCCACUUCGGUAGAUCUUAACUUUAAACUAGACACUUUUAACAACGGGACACUUCUACACUACGCCGCGCACAAAGGAUGGCUGAAAAUGUGCCAUCUGCUAGUGUCGCUAGGUCUUCACAUAAACGAAAUAGACGGAGAACAAAACACGCCGUUGAUGUUGGCUAUAACGGGGCACAAGAUAGAUAUCGUACAGUAUCUAGUUAGAGCUGGAGCUGAUAUAGCCUUCAAGGGAACCGAUGGUAUGACAGCUUUGCAUGUAUCGUCAAAAUGUGGCAACCUACAGGCCUGUAAAAUUCUUCUAGAAGCAGGGGCGAGUAUUAAGAAAUAUAUCGAUUGUCAGGAUGAUGGGGGAUGGACGCCACUGGUGUGGGCGUGCGAAAAUGGGUUUGCCGAAAUCACGGACUUUCUCAUCGGCCAAGGAGCAGAUCAUAGGUUAAGAGAUGUGGAAUAUAACGAGGCUCUUCAUUGGGCUGCUUUUAGUGGCUGUUCUCAUAUCGUGGAGCUGUUACUUAAUAGGGGAUGUGAUAUAAAUACAGUUAACGCACAUGGAGAGACACCCUUACAUAUAGCUGCUAGAGAAGAUAGAUACAAUAGCGUGAUAGUAUUGUUAGCGAGGGGGGCUAACGUAUUUUUGGUCAACAAGAACGACGAAACCCCUCUGAACUGUGUACCUGAGGACGGCAUGUGCCACAAUCCAAUAGCUUUAAAUAUGCAACUACAAUCGCUCGUGAACCCUUCGUCGAGGCUAUUUACCAACAUAGUCGCUGAGGACAUAUCAAAAGGCAGGGAAUCCAAUCCGGUCCAGUGUAUUAACGCCGUUGACGACGAUCUCGAACCGAAGGAUUACGUUUAUAUAACGAAAUCCGUCGUAGCGUCCGAGAGCAUCGCUAUCAAAUCGACGCCGUCGUCUCUGCAAAGGUGCUCCUGCGACGAGAGAUGCACCGGCGAGGAUUGCCUGUGCGGCAAAUUAUCCGUCAAGUGCUGGUACGACGAAGAUGGGAAGGUUUUUAUGGAUUUCAAGUUUUCUGAUACUCCGAUAAUAUUCGAAUGUUCUGACACAUGCACCUGCAAUGCGAUCACCUGCAGGAACCGCGUGGUUCAAAGAGGUACGCAGCAUCGAUUUCAACUUUACAAGACUGAUUCAAAAGGCUGGGGAGUGAAAACCCUUAGGUUAAUAGAAAGAGGCCAUUUCGUAUGCGAAUAUGUAGGAGAGAUUUUGACUGACAGUGAUGCUGACCACAGAGAAGAUGACAGUUUUGUCUUCGAUCUCGGAACUAAGGAUACAGAUAGUUUCUGCGUAGAUGCCAAAUUCUAUGGCAACCUAACGAGGUUCAUCAACCACAGCUGUAAACCCAACUUGCAUCCGGUCAAAGUAUUCGUCGAUCAUCAAGACGUGCGGUUCCCGAGAAUAGCGUUUUUUGCCCUGAGAGACAUCCGCGCAGAAGAAGAACUGAGUGUUCUCUUUAUAAAGGCGAUACAUUUUGGCGAUAGUCAAAUCAGAUUUUUCGAUUACGGCCAAAAAUUUUGGAUGGCUAAGUAUAAAGUGUUUUCGUGCCAGUGUGGAUCUGAUGAAUGCAGGUAUUCUAAUGAAGCUAUUAAACGUCUGAUUGACGACAUUAACUUAAAGGACGACGACAGUUUGUCUAGUUAAUAAAUCAUUCCAGUAUACUAGGUGGUUCAUAUGUUUUUACAAAUUGGAAACAGGGCCUUACAAAUUUUAAACAACCAAGCUUAAGUUGGGUGCCGUAUUUCCAUCAUUUCCUUAAUUGGUUUGGUACCUCUGAAUACGUUAAAAUGACAGAACUAACUGUUCUGAGGUAAAAACCACUACUGUUGACAUUUAAUUUUAUCUUGUCAUCUGUAUCUGUGUCAUCAAAUAUUAUUGACUGUAAUACAUCCAACUCCCACAGAAAUCUGGAAGCACAUUGCCACUAGCGCCACUGUCGGCUUGAGUUGACUACGUUUUGACAACGUAAAAUUUGACGUAAACAUUCAAAUUUAAUUUUAUAAAUUUUUAAAUAACGAGCUAAUUUUGCUAAAUUAAAUUAAAAUAAAAAUAGUUCAAACACUUAUACAAAAACAAUAAUAAAGCAAUUUUAUUAAUGUAAGGUUAGAUUGCUCUGGUUAUCCUACUCAUACCGCUAGAUGGCGCUAUUUUUUUGCUUCCUCAAAAUUAAUGGGAAAUAUCAAGAGUUGUAUGUAUUACAGUCAAUAGUAUUUGGUGUCAUUUACUUCACUUAAUUUUGUGUACAUGGUACAUGUGUUGUUCAUGUAUUGUCUAUAUUUUCUCUGGUUAUAUUUUUUAUUGUUAUUUUGCAUAAGCAAUAGAUCCGUCUUUGUAAUUUUGUUUAUUGGAUAUAUUCCUUAAAAUGCCAAAUUGGGACGUACAGCUGGUUGUUAAAAAAACUGAUACGACUCUUAGUAAGAUUUGAUCAUUUUGAGUAGUGUAUGAUAGGUCUGACAUUAUAUUAUAUUUAUUAUGACAGACAAAUUAUAAAAUAAACAAACAAACAGCCAUUUUUUGAGGUUGAACCAACGAACUGUCAACACUGAUGGAAUGGCCCCGUCGCGUUCAAACAGUGAAGCGAUAUUGGCGCCAACAUACAAGAGAGAGGUCCUAGAGAGACAGAGAAUUUUUCAGGUAAAAUUUGCUACAACUACAACCAGAGUUGCCAGAUGUGAUUUUAUAAAUCCCCCACUUAGAAACUGAAAUUCCCUCAAAUCACUCAAGUUUAACUUUUUGCCGCAUUUUAAUAAAUUAGUAGUCAAAUGUAGAGAACAGUAAACAAAAAUUAUACUACUUAUCAACAGAGAGCCCUGGAAAUAAUUCAUAUGUCCUAUCUUCUUCGAUUAUAUGAGAGUAUAAUAUACAUUUCUAUGACCCCUUAAAAUCAUUCAUAAUUUUCACCCCAAAAAAUCUCCCAACCAUUUCUGCUUAGAGAAGUUCCCCUAUACGCUUUCAAAUUACCCCAAAAUUGUGGGAAAAUACCCCAAUCUGGCAACCCUGACGUACCUGACUAACACUUUCAAUUUGUUUGUUUACGAAAGAUGGCGAUGAUCUUCCCUCCUUUACCUGAUUAUCUUCUAUCUCAUCCUGGGCCACUUAAAUUCACUUCAUGGCGAUUCCAUCAGUUUUGACAGUUCGUUGGGUUGAAAGAAUAAGUUAUCUGACAAAUUUUAAGAUUUGGCAGUGACAGUGACAGCAUGUAAAUAAUAAGUAGUCAUCCUUCAAAAUACACUGCUCAAUUUUCUACAAAAUACGCUUUAAGAGUCGUAUCAGUUUUUUUUUUGGAACCAGCUGUAAGUUUACUUUUGUAAAAUAAAUAUACCAAGCAUUGUAGAAAUAAAUAAUUUUCAAGUGCCUACACCUUCCAAAAGCAGUAAGAAUUUUAAUAUUCGUUCUAAUAAUAACGUUAUUACGCAAAUGUUGGUUUUCAAAAUAACUCUAUAAUUAUUAAUCUAUAGAAAUAACAUAAAAAAACAGAAAACUAAUUUUAAGCAAAGGCUUAAACCAACUCCCGCGCGAGCUUAAAAUAAUUUGAUUUAAGCCUACGCUUAAGCCUCAAAUUGAAGUGGAAAUACAGGCAACUAAGCUUAAGCGCAGGCUUAAAGUAAGCUUUGGCUUAAGUGCGGUUGGAAAUACCGGCCCUUAGUGGUAUUAUACAGAUUUUGUGGGUCCAGACAUUGAAUGAUCACCGUACAAUUAUCUAUAAGAGUAUUAUUACCUACUUUAUUUAUCUCAUUAUUUGGUAUUUUCGAUAAAAGAAUUAAAUUUGUUCGAAUAUAUGAACUACUUCGUGCCCAAAGCAAUAUAUUUACCCAAUUGUUCGUCUCAAAUCAAAUUUGAAAACAAAAUGUGUUCUAUAGUUCUUAAGGUGACUAAGUUAUUUAUUUAUAUGGUGCUGUUGCUUUAUGUAAAAGUGGAGUUACAAAUAAAAUGUUAUUAUUU